AUGGGGCUCCGAGAGCAGCUCGUCUCGCAGCUGACAGUGACAAAUGUCAUUUUGAGCUUCGCCGCUUAUGUUGCGCUCAAGUUUCUAUAUCAGAUUAUCUAUUAUCGUUUCUUUCACCCGCUGUCCGUCUUCCCUGGGCCAUUCUGGGGCAGUGUCACUCGACUAUGGAUCGCGUGGCAUAACAUGAACGAGACCGAGUUGCCUACCGUCUAUGCCCUGACGAAGAAAUAUGGGCCCGUCGUGCGAAUCACUCCUUCCUUGCUGCUGGUCAGCGACCCAACGAAAUUGCCAGAAAUCUACCACCGCAAUGCCGAUAAGACUGGUCACUAUAUAACCGGUUCGUUUGGCGAGACCGAGUCGUUGUUUAAUAUGAGAUCGCACAAAACCCAUGCCGCAUUCCGGAAGCACGCCGCAGGUCCGUACAGUUUCUCGAGCGUAAAGCGCAUGGAGCCAUUGAUCGACCUCCGUAUCCGCCACUGGGUCAACAAGCUGGAUGAGAGGUUUGUCCGGACGGGAGCGGCGUUUGACUUUUCCUGGUGGGCAGUUUACAUGGCGUACGAUAUCAUCAGUGAGGUCGGGUUCGGUGCACCAUUCGGCUUUGUUGAAAAGGGCGAAGACGUUGGCGGUCUAAUUCAGGGUUUCCAUGACGGUCUUUCAGCCUUCGGCCUCCUUGCGCGGUUGCACCCCUUCACGAGCUGGGUUAAGACGACAUUCCUGAAAAGGUAUCUCGUUGCGAAGCCUGAGGACGAUUCCGGUAUUGGCGUUCUGAUGCGUUUCCGCGACAGUCUCAUUGAGCGGCGGCUGGAAGAGCUGAAACAGAACAAAGAUAUCGGGAGAAUCGAUCUAUUGCAGACAUUCCUAGAGGCACGCACAGAGGAUGGUCAGCCACUGACAAUGGAUUACAUCAAGGCUGAGAUCUUGCUUGUCCUGUUAGCCGGUGCUGAUACCACGGGGACGGUCUUCCAGGCUAUGAUCCACUACCUACUCACUCACCAAGAGGUAUACGAGCGGAUGAUGGAAGAAGUCGAUACCGCCGUUCGCAAAGGGCUUAUCAGCGCAGAUACACCCCAGUAUACCGAGGUCCUCGAGCAUUUGCCCUUCUUUGUCGCCUGUGUCCGCGAGACACUGCGAAUGUGCCCACCAGCGCCCAAUAUCUUUCCUCGAUAUGUAUCUGAGCCGGGAUUAGACCUGUAUGGAAAAAUUGCACCUCCAGGCACCGAGGUCUCGGGGAACCCCUGGAUCAUGCAUCGCGACGAGAAGGUGUUUGGAGAGAAUGCAGAGGAGUUUAAUCCAGACAGGUGGAUGAACCCGGAGAGAGCAAAACUCAUGAACAAAUACCUGUUCACUUUUGGCUACGGUGCCCGUGGAUGUUUGGGGAGGGAUAUUGCGAUGAUGGAGUUGUUCAAGGGCCCGCUACAGUUCUUCCGUCAUUACAAGCCUCAUUCUGUGAGGGGAAAACCGGAAGCGAAGUUCUUUGUGAAGGGAGGGAUUGGGUACUGGCGCGAUAUGUGGUUGACUAUCGAGAAGCGACCAUUAGUGACACCGCUUUGA